AUGCUCCGGCAAAGUAGAAUCUGUCGACCCUUGAUAAAUCAAUGCAGGAGAUCCUCGGAUACCCUCGCAUCAAGUGUUGUUCCGAUAAUUGCUCUUGGUGGCGUCGGAGUUGGAGUUUAUUACGCUUCUAAAGCAAUUUUGCACGACAAGUACUACGGGCAAUCAGCCGCAGUCGAGGUGAUGAAAGACAUCGCAUUUCUAAACGACGAUUUGGACAUCAAACUCGACUCUCCAAAAAUAGCAUUUUCCGACAUCAAUGAGCUGGUCGACUAUUACAGGAACAAUCGAGAGCCGCGCCGCUCUUUUGAUCCGCCUUUCAGCAAAUAUCAAGAAAAUGGUGUUGAAUUUUGUCGCUCACAGUUUUACGUGAAAGGACCCAACGACUGCUCUUCCGGUAGAAAAGUCGCCCAGAUUUAUGCGGAAACGAAGAUGACUGAAGACGGGCCAGAGAUUUACUACGCCCAAGCGGAUAUUUUUGACGUUGAGUCUGUCAUUAAGGCGGGAUCAGCUGCGCUUGGAGGACUUUUUGCUGCAGGAACUUAUCUUUAUCCACAGUUCCCAAGACAUCCUUACACAGACUUACUUAAGGACGUUAGCUACAGAGGCCUUCUUGUAACAGGAUCAUUAACCCUCGCAUUUCCCGUUCUUCUUGUUGUCUACAGAAGAAGAUCGUAUUGGAUCUACCGAGGAGCUCCUCAAUAUGUUGCGACGCUCUUUGGUUUACUAGGAAACGGUCGGAAUCAAUAG